UUUCAGGGAGAUAGAGGUGGUGGUGGUGACAAAGAAAAGAAGAAAAAGGAAACCAUUCUCGAUCUCUCCAAAUAUCUGGAAAAGGCUAUCAGGGUCAAGUUUAGUGGUGGAAGGGAGGCCAGUGGAAUUUUGAAGGGUUUUGAUCCUCUCCUGAAUCUUGUGUUAGACGACACUACAGAAUUCUUGCGAGACCCUGAUGAUCCAUACAAACUCACAGAAGACACCAGAAGCCUGGGGCUGGUUGUGUGUAGAGGGACUUCAGUUGUGUUGAUAUGCCCAUCAGACGGUAUGGAGGCAAUCGCAAAUCCUUUCAUUCAGCAGGAGGGGUGAACAUUUAGGGCAGAAUAUAUUGUGUGGAUGAGCCAUGGCCUGAGUUUAUCUAUUUGACUCAGGAUUAUAGGAAACAUUGUGUUAUAGAAAUUGUGUUAAAAGAAUUGGAAAUUGUGAAACGCUUGAUUCGAAACGAUACAUGGUAAUUUUGUUAUGGAGGACUUUGAGGCUAUGAAGUGCAUAAUUGUUAAAAUUGUGUUUUUAAAGUGCUUAAUUUGAGUGGAUUCAUGUUAAUUUUGUUUUGAAAUAGUUUAACACUUAAUUUGAGUAGAUUCAUGUUAAUUUUGUUUUGAAAUAGUUUGACACUUAAUUUGAGUGGAUUCAUGUUAAUUUUGUUUUGAAAUAGUUUGACACUUAAUUUGAGUGGAUCCAACAUGUUAACAUUGUUUUGAAUGACUUAUAAAAAAAACUAUAAAGUUCAUAAUUUAAGUGGAUUUUAUGGUUAAAAUUUGUUUGAAUGACUUUGAGACAAUUAUAUGGUUGUCUGUGAAUUGAAUAUAACAAAACAUUGCUGAAAGCUGGCGUAUUUAACCAACUUUCUACAUUGAAUUUCAUAUGAACUAUAAGGAUUUAUAUAUCAUGUGCUUCAAUUUAUUCAUUACUGUGUCCAAACUGUAACAAUAAACAUAGUCUAGAUAAGACUAGGUGCUUUCAAUGCAGGUGUGAUACUUAAUUCGAGACUUGUUUAGUCCUGGGGCCAUGAUUCCGAACAGUCUCAAGUCUAAGUCUAGACUCAGACUCAGAAAAGCAUUUUUAUAAAGGAACAAACAAUCAUAUUUAUUUCAUUUCUUUUACAAAAAUGUAUGUAAAUAAAGGUAAAACAUUCAAAUAUUAGUAUAUUUCAACAAAUUUUACCAUCAAUACUCUGAUAGAAGGAAAGUUACAAUGAAAUGAAGUUUUGCGAUAAUGAAUCUUGAGUCUGAACUCAGACUUGAGACUGUUCAUAAUCACUGCCCCUGGGCUGGUAUUCACGAACGUUCUGGGUCUGAAUUUGAGACUCUGACUCAGAAAAGCUAAAUUUUGUUGUAAAAAUACUAUUAUAGGACCAAAGACAGAAAAAAAGAUGCAUGUGUUACAAAUAGUCGGUUCUACACUCAGACACACAUCUGUUGUCAAUAGUAGUUCCUGUAUCAAUAUUUUGAAUCAUUUAAGAAUUCAGUUUCCGGAGCCUGAGUCUGAAACUCAGACUCAAAACCCUAGUGAAUCAGACCCACAACUCCUAGAUGUUUUAGGUUGACAGUCUGUCAGACUCUUUUCAGGCCAAGGAAGACAGUAUUGAUAAACAACAAACACUAGUAGGAAUCUAUUGGUUCUUGUAUGUGUUCAUAUUUAAUCUUCAAACUUAAUUUCAAAAUGGUGAAAAGAAGUGUUAUGUGUAUUAAAAGUAUAUGACAAAUUAUAAUGAAGCAAUGUUUAUAUUUAUGCCAUAUGAAUGAAUCAUACCUAUUGAAAGUACUUAGGACAAAUAUUUUAAUAAAUUAAUGCAAAUCAUCUUCAUUUUGGAAGGAAACUUUCCAUUUUCUUCUUUGAGUGUUGCCAAUUUUAACUUUGCAUAUUAUAAUGAUUAAAUUAACUGAAAAACUA